AUGACGUUGUGGAUCAAAGCUUUUUUUGGGGGCAAGCUCUUGGACGCAGGGGCUGAGAUGCUGCCCAUGUUGCUGUUGCGAGUCUCUCGACCUGGGACAAGGCCAGAGGCCGACAACCAGGGCCUGGCUCUGAUGAGAGCUGGUGGAUAUCCACUUGCUUUUCCAGCUUUCACCUGGAAGGUGAAGGCCAACAACCGAAACUACCACAUGCAGUUCAAGAAGAAAUUUGCCUUCUGUCUGACCAAGAAAGGCAAUGCCAUUAAGACAGCCAAGUACAACAUCAUCACCUUCCUGCCGCUGAACCUCUAUGAGCAGUUCCACUGAAUGGCCAACAUCUACUUUGUCUUUGUCAUCCUCUUACAGACCUUCCCUGAGAUUGCCACGCUGCCCUGGUACACUCUGCUGUUCCCCCUGAGCUGCCUUCUCAUCAUCCAGAGUCUACGAGACCUGAUCGAUGACAUUGUUCGUCAUCAAAGUGACAGAAACAUCACCAGCAGACCAUGUGAAAUCCUGUCUGGGAAGAGCUUCCGCUGGCAGAAAUGGCGUGACAUCUGCGUUGGGGACAUUGUCCACCUGCAUAAGGAGAGCUUCAUCCCGAUGAGCAGACCCGGAGCUGGCUGCGCUGACAUGCUCUUGCUGCACAGCUUGGAACCCAGCAGCCUGUGCUACGUGGAGACUGCCGACAUCGAUGGGGAAACAAUCCUGAAGUUCAGACAAGCCCUUCUGGUCACCCACCAGGAGCUGGUGAGUGAGGAGACCAUGGCCACCUUUGAUGGGAGGGUGACCUGUGAGGAGCCCAACAGCCACAUGCACAGCUUCACCAGCACACUGGAGUGGAGGGGCGAGACCUACUCACUCGACAACAAAAGGAUCUUGCUGCGAGGCUGCAAGCUUCGCAACACCAACGUUUGCUACGGCUUGGUUAUCUAUGCAGAGGGGUGGGUCUUCAGAGGAUUUGAUUCCAAAAUUAUGAGGAACUGUGGAAAGAUCAAGCGGAAGAAAACCAAGCUGGACCACGCGAUGGAUCAGCUGGUGAUCAUAAUCUUCCUGGUGCUGUUGGUCACGUCGCUGUGCCUCACCAUUGCCUCUGGGUUCUGGGCCAGGAAGUUCCAGGAGAAGCACAUCUACCUCUCUGUUCUCUUCAAGCACGCAACCCCUGCCCAGCAGGCUUUCUUCAACUUCUGGGGCUUCAUGAUCCUCCUGAGCAUCAUCAUCCCUAUGUCCAUGUAUAUAAUGUUUGAAUUCAUCUAUCUGGUGAACAGCUUUUAUAUCAACUGGGAUCUGGAAAUGUAUUACGCUGUCAAGGACAUUCCAGCAAAAGCCAGAAGCACCAGCCUCAAUGAUCAGCUUGGCCAGAUCGAAUAUAUCUUCUCAGACAAGACUGGCACCUUGACACAAAACAUUAUGAGCUUCAAGAAAUGCUGUAUCAACGGGACCAUUUAUGGUAACUUUUGGUGGAAGCAAGUUUGUAGGGGGUUGCAGUUGACCUGGAGCCACCACAGGGAGAAGAAGUUGGACUUCUGCGACGUGAAGCUGCUGGAAGCCACCCGGUGGGACAGCGACCCUGUGCUGAGGGAGUUCCUGAGGCUGCUGGCCCUCUGCCACACUGUCAUGGUGGAGGAGAAGGGCGACCAGCUGGUUUAUCAGGCAGCUUCACCAGAUGAAGAAGCGCUGGUGUUGGCAGCCAGGAACUUGGGGUACAUCUUUCUGGCCCGAAUGCAAGACACCAUCACCAUCAGUGAGCUGGGAAGGACGUACAAAGUGCUGGCCAUGCUGGACUUCAACAGCGAUCGCAAGAGGAUGUCUGUCCUGGUGCGAGUCCCCCAGGGCACGAUCCGGCUCUACACCAAGGCUGACACGGUCAUUCUGGAGAGAUUGCAGAUGCGAGGGCCCAAUGAGACCUUCACUGAGAUGGCACUGGAUUGCUUUGCAGAGGAGACACUGAGGACUUUAUGCCUGGCCAGCAAGGAGGUGAGCGAGGUUGAGUACAGCGAGUGGAGCAGGAGGCACCAGGAGGCCAGCGUCCUGCUGCAGGGCCAUGCGCGGGAGCUGGACAAGCUGUACGAAGAGAUGGAGCAGAACCUGCAGCUGCUUGGGGCCAAGGCCAUCAAGGACAAGUUGCAGGAUGGAGUCCCUGAGACCAUCCAGCUGCUGAAACUGGGCAACAUUAAAGUGUGGGUGCUGAUGGGAGACAAACAAGAGACCGCAAUGAACAUUGGCUACGCGUGCAAGCUCCUCACGGAUGACAUGGAGAUCCUGGAGGAGAAGGAGAUCAGUGAGAUCCUCGAGGCUUACUUGGGGAGCAACAGCAACCUCAGUGGCAGCAGGGAAGCCCUGUGCAGUGAGCGCCUCUCCCAGCAGCGCCCAGAGGCUUCGCGCCACAAUAAGAGAGCCAUCGUCAUCAGUGGGGACUUCCUGGACAAAAUCCUCCACGUGGGAGAGGUGCUGAAGGAGAAGGGGUGGCUGUGGCGGCAGCUGGCUUGCUGCAGGGCUACGGGCUCGCAGGAACAGGGCAGUCUGGUGGAGAAGGCCUUCGUGGACUUGGCCACCAGCUGCCAGGCAGUGAUCUGCUGCAGGGUGACCCCCAAGCAGAAAGCCCUCAUCGUGCAGCUGGUGAAGAAGCACAAGAAGGCCAUCACACUGGCCAUCGGGGAUGGGGCCAAUGAUGUCAACAUGAUCAAAACUGCUGACAUUGGGGUGGGCAUCAGCAGGCUGGAGGGCAUGCAAGCCAUGCAGUGCAGCAACUAUGCCCUGGAGCAGUUCUCUUACCUCCAUCGCCUCCUGCUCAUCCACGGCCGCUGGGCAUAUCUGCACAUCUGCAAGUUCCUGCGCUACUUCUUCUACAAGACCUUUGCUGGCCUCAUGGCCCAGGUCUGGUUUGCUUUCCACAGUGGAUUCAUGGCUCAGAUGAAGGAUGCUGCUUCUCUGUAUGAUGGCUGGUUCCUUGCACUCUACAUUUUCUACACCACCUACUCUGUGCUGUCUGUGGGCCUUCUGGAGCAGGACGUGAGUGCUAAGAAGAGCCUGGAGUUCCCUGAGCUCUAUGUGAUUGGGCCUUCGAGGACCAUGUUGAUCAUCCUGGACACCAAGUUCUGGACAGUGUCCUUCCUGAUGGUCACAGCCAGCCUGCUGCUCUUCUGCCUCUUCUCCUUCCUGACCCAAAGCAUUGGUACCUUCAGGAUAGCCCCUGCUGUCUUCUGCUUCCCAGAUGCCAGCCAGAACACCCUGACUGACCCCUACAUCCUGCUCGUGGUUCUGCUGUCCCUGGUGAUGAACACCAUCCCCUUGCUCACCAUCCACUUGUACCGCACCAUCAUGGGCAAAACCUCCAUCCGGCAGAAGAUCUGCUGGAAGGAGCCCUCGGUGGAGCUGCAUGCCCAUGCCCCUCGCGGCUCCUUCUACUGCUGCUCCAUCUACGCCUUCUCCCACCAGGAGGGCUACGUCGGCCUCAUCACCCGCGGGGAAAGCCUGUGCACCAGGGGCACCCGCAGCGCUGCCCCGGGUCUCCGGCACCAGGAGAUGACCCUGGCUUUGUCCUCCCUCCCCAGCCCCUCGGCGUAG